GACCGUUCCCUGCGUCACUGCUGAUGUACUUAAUGGUUAAAGGUGGACAGCUGUCUCUCCAUGACACAAAAAACCCCUCUCGUCAUCACGCCAUGAGUGAGGAAUUCCUCCCCACAAUGACCCUCACUGUUGACUGAAGAGGAAGAGAUCAGGUCAACGUGGCCUCCGUGGGUGUGGAUGAGUAGCACCUCCAGAUUCCUUCAAAGCCCCACCCUCUGCAGUCCGUGUCCCAUGAGAUGCAGCACUCCUGAUUCUGGAGAGGCAACAGUCAUGGCCAGAGCCGAGCUGAGGCGAGCGAGCAGGCGGGUCUGGAAAGGGAGCCUUGCUUUUUGAUCAUUGGCACGCCUGAGGGCCGGGCGGAAGGACCUGAAAAACCAGCUGCCUGAGAUUAUUACGUUCAGCGAGGAGCAACAAGUGAGCCACGGCGUGGAGCCUCCUCCUGUUCACUCUCCUCCUCUCCACCAGAGCGCUCGCCACUGAAACCACACACAGACACACAGAGCCAUCUCUGCUUGUUUACAGUCUUGUUUUCCCUUCCUGCCUUUGUGUCCGUCCCCGUCAGUUUGAGACCUGACCCACUCCUCAGACCUUUGCCGAGACUCCGGUGGACUAUGCCCCCCUCGGUCGGCUGAGGGAGGGGGCUCUGUGCUGCUCAGGCUCCCAUCCAUAGAAGAAACCAAAGAGGACACGGUUAGGUUGUUGCUGAAGAUGCAAGCCUCAACUGUCUCGCCUGUGACCAACACUACGCUGUCCUCGAACACCACUGUCGUCACGAAGUCUCAAGAACAAAUACUCAUCCAGAGUUCCGGGGCAAUGAUCGCUGUCAUCGUCCUAGGUAUCAUCAUCCUUCUGGCCUUUCUGCUGAUCAUCCUGAAGACAUACAACAGGCGGACACAUGUAUCCAGAGUCCUGGGGGCCAGCGGCGGCUCCAAACCUCGUCAGAAGUUGUCACAGUCCACAGUUCAGAGCAACAUGCCGCUGAGCACCAUGGGAAUCAACUCUGUGUCGGGCAGCAUGGCCAAUUCAAACCCAGCCUCAGAGGACAGCUUCCAGCUGCCCAGGGUGGAGCUGAGCAGCGUGGAGGAGAACCACAUAGAGCAGUUCAGCACCAACAGCGGAUCCACUGCGGUCACCAUACACGAUGUCCCAUCAUUAGAAAACACAUAACAGCAAGACAACAGGCAGUGACUGUGAUGUGAUGUCUUCUUCCGCAUACUGUGUGCUGACUGAAUCCUGUGAAACUGUCACUAUCUUCACCAUCUGAGCCACUGCUGGUGACCACAGCAAUAACAAACGUGCAAAUAUUCACAUCAUGAACAAACCAUAAACAGACACAGUGGAUCACAUGAAGGAAACUGCAGGACGGAUUAAAAAAAAACUGAGACUUCCGUGCGAAGAAUUGCUUUUUGGCUACAGUCAGUGUUCGGAGUAUAGAUGCCAUACAAUUUUUUUUUUUACUAUUUGUACUUUUUCCAUCACUACUAAUACAAUCAAGAAAAUGUGUAGUAAAGACUGUAAUGGCUUGACAAUGUUGCUCCUGAGUGUAUACAUUUCUGUAUUAAAGAGGACCACGUAGGUUCAUGAGUAAAUGUAGAAUUAGUAUAAACUUCAGAGAAGACAAAGACAGUAUGAAAGAAUAGAUGUCUGUUAAUAUUGCUUAUUUAACAAUACUCCUUAAUAAAUCUGAAUAACAUUGCAUCGUACCGUCUCUGUCUUCUGAUCGGACAAGUUUUUGUCCAAGAAUGUCACUGUAUUUUUUUAAAACCUUUGUAAAAUGAAAAGAUAACAAUAAUAUAAAAAAAAGAUUUUGUGAGACUUCUGGGUGUCAGCCUUAAACGCUAACGGGAAUCCCUCCAAGUUGGACGCUGAAGGAUUUUGCACUUUAUUUUGAUUGCUCCCCAUGUGUAUUUGUAUUGCUUGUGGUUCUUUAAAUGUGAUUAGAUGAAAAUAAAAUGUAAUAUUUCUAUUUGCUGCA